AUGGGAGCACCCAUUGUGGACUUGGCAAACCUGAUUGUCGAGGAUCAGGAAAGUCAACAUGGGGAUCCUAACGCUUUGGUCGAGCCAACACCCGAGCCCAUUACCCCCGUAGCACCCCAGCUCAUUACCCCCGUUGCUCAAAAUCCGGAGCCAACUCCGGAGCCAGUGCUACAGGAGGCGACUCCUUGUUCUCUUUUGCUGCCUCAGUUAGGUAUUGCUAGUGAUGGCGACUUAACUGAGGUUGCAUAUGGUGUGGCCCAGCCAAAUAAAGAGGGCCAAACAGUGCAUUCAAUGCCCGUUACAAGUGGCCACAUCAGUGUGACCGUGGAGACUAUUGUAAAGGGGUUUGAAGAUUUCUCACUCCCAAUUCCAAUGCCAGCAUGGAGCCUUGAGAAACUAUUAGACGCCCUAGGUAGUUUCGUCACAUGGCCAUAUGCUUGGGUCCGAUUCACUAACAUGAUUGAAAUAGCAAAAGAGUCUAAAGGAAUCUUGGAGAGAGGUCGGUUCCUCAGCAAAGGUGUCGACUGGGUCAAAGUCGAUGCCAAGCACUCCAAUUUUGACUGAUGAGGAGCUAAAAGAUCUCUCUCAAGAUUGCAAAUGGCUGCAUUAUUGUGCAUCUCGCAUAAGUGAGGAGAACCCAAUCAUUUUGAAGCUGCUGAAGGAGCAAUACUGCUUUUUAGAGAGCCCGUUUGUAAUUAUUGGUCCUAGUGACAUCGGGCAAUUUUUGAGAGGAGAGAUGCUGAGUGUAGCUCUUUUCCAUGUCUACAUGAGUGCGGCUUACGAGGAGCUAAAUUCUUGCGAACCUCCAAUAAAAAUUGGAUGGUUUUGUCCGGAGUCGAUUUCGGGUAGUUAAUGUUAAAAUGAUCCAGAUGACGUCAGAGCAUACAUUGAGACUGCUUUGACUAAUUCCCUUGCAUCUAAACACACAUUCAUUCUAGCUCCAUAUGUGGAAGAGUAAGUUUUAUUUUUGAAAUUGAACUUAUCUUUUGAUUUUUAAAGUCACCUAAUCUCUAAUUUGUUGAUUUUAAAUUUGUGUUUGUAGUUUACAUUGGAUACUUUUGGUCAUAUGUCCUUUUACGAACACUGUGCACGUCUUCGACUCAUUACAAAAACCGCAAAGCCCACCUCGCAACACAAUAUUCAAAGCGUUGUUGAA